CGCCAGUUCUGCAGAGUUCAGGGAGGGCGGCGACCGCCCUCGGGGGCAGCUUCGCCCACAACUACUGGCCAGAUGGAGCCCAGCACCUUAAUCAGGAGGCAUUUCACCAUCGAUGACUUUGACAUAGGGCGUCCCCUGGGCAAGGGGAAAUUUGGGAAUGUGUACCUGGCUCGGCUCAAGGAAAACCAUUUCAUUGUGGCCCUGAAGGUCCUCUUCAAGUCCCAGAUAGAGAAGGAGGGUUUGGAGCACCAGCUUCGAAGGGAAGUGGAGAUCCAGGCACACCUACAACACCCGAAUAUCCUUCGCCUGUACAACUACUUCCACGAUGCUCGACGGGUGUACUUAAUUCUGGAAUACGCUCCAAAGGGCGAGCUGUAUAAGGAGCUUCAGAGGAAACACCACUUAGAUGAGCAGCGUACAGCCACGAUAAUAGAGGAGUUGGCAGAUGCCCUGACAUACUGUCAUGAGAAUAAGGUGAUUCACAGGGACAUCAAGCCAGAGAAUCUCCUGCUGGGGCUCAGGGAUGAAGUGAAGAUCGCAGACUUUGGUUGGUCCGUGCAUACCCCCUCUCUCAGGAGAAAUACAAUGUGUGGGACUGUGGACUACUUGCCCCCAGAAAUGAUUGAAGGGAGAACGUACAAUGAGAAGGUGGAUCUGUGGUGUAUUGGGGUGCUCUGCUAUGAACUGCUGGUGGGAUGUCCACCCUUUGAGAGCAGCACCCACAACGAGACAUACAAACGAAUCCUCAAGGUGGAUUUGAGGUUUCCUCAAUCAGUGCCCUUAGGGGCCCAGGACUUGAUCUCCAAGCUUCUUAGGUACCAUCCCUCAGAUCGACUGAACCUGGCCCAGAUCCUGAAGCACCCCUGGGUGCGGGAACACUCAUGCAGAAUUCUGCCUCCUGUUGGUCAGAUGGCUUCCUGAGC